CUCUGUCUUUCAGUUCUACAGGAAACGAAAACUGUGUCUGGGAAGACAUUGCUGGCUGUGUAGCUAAUAUUCUAGACAGAAAUAUUAACAAACUCGUGUCUCUAUUUUAAGAAAACGAUACGCCAAAGAAAAGGCUUACAUAAGCCUUGCGCCUCUGCUUAAGGUCUGAUUCAGUAGCUGGGAUGCCUAAUUUUCCUCGUAAUUUUACAUGUUAUGGGAGGUACUGGAAAUUUCACAGUAAGAAGGAAGACAUAUUUAUCAAACAUCGAAGUGCAAUAAGCCCCCGACAAAAACCUCUACGUGUGUGUGUGUACAUUUGCAAUCAUUUAUAGACGGCGCGACCCUGUUUUGUUGUCUCCUCGAGGUACGGUUUGCUAAAUCCUGUUCCGAUGGUAUUUGACUAGCUAAGAAGCUAACGCUAUUACGGCUCGAGUUUCUGCGUUUUGCGUCUGUUUUAGCCGAUAGAUAAUGCUGCAAUAAAGUGUAGCUUCCAGUUUUAUGUUGGAAACGUUAAACAUAUGGUAUAUGUGCAUUUAGUCACAUUUUGUUUAUGUAGUACAGUGCUGGCAGGUUAAUGGUAGUGAGGCUGCUGGCGCCUGUUUUCGUGAGUUGUCAAAAUAGUGUAAACAAACAAUGAAGCUUUUGGAAAAUUCGAGUUUUGAGGCCAUUAAUACUCAGCUCACCAUAGAGACUGGAGACUGUAAGAUAAUCGGAAGGAUUGAAAGUUACUCCUGCAAAAUGGCAGGUGAGGACAAGCAGAUGUUUAAGCAAUUCUGUCAGGAGGGACUGCCUCAUGUGCUGGAAGCUCUGUCUCCUCCACAGUCAUCUGGAAUCAGCCCUAACAAGCUGAGUCACAGUCAAAGUGGCGAUGAAGGGGAGGGUCCACUUUCUGAUAAGUGCAGCAGGAAGACUCUGUUCUACUUGAUUGCUACUCUCAACGAGUCCUUCAGGCCGGACUAUGACUUCAGCCGCACCCGAGGUCAUGACUUCAGUAGAGAGCCCAGUGUCAACUGGGUGUUUAAUGCCGUGAACAGUAGCUUGUCUGCUGCUGCUGGGGAGGCAUACAAUCGCUUACAGCCGAAGCUCUGGGAGGCCAUUGACAAUGAGAUCAGUCUGACUGAGUGUGAUAUUUACAGCUAUAAUCCAGACCUUGAUUCUGACCCAUAUGGAGAAGAAGGCAACCUGUGGUCCUUCAACUAUUUCUUCUACAACAAGAGGCUGAAAAGAAUUGUGUUCUUCACAUGCCGCUCUGUUAGUCUUUUUAUGACUCCACGAGAUUCAGGCAUUGGAACUGAGCUGGACCUGGAUCUGGAUGAAGGCAGCUUUGAGGAGGAGGAAAACAUGGAUGAGGAGAGGUAUCGACCAUUAUGUGCCCAGUGAAGAUGUCAUAAAUCCGCUGCCUUGCUCCUGGAGUCUAAUGUCUUUUACCAUUUUAUUUCAAGUGUUUGUUUUUGCUAUCACUAUGAUAGGAUACAUGCUUUUAAUAACAGAAACUUAAUGAGAUCCAUACAUUGGUUUUAAAAAAAUUUAGCGUUUGUGUUUCUCAGUUGUUGUUAUUAGACGUUUUUGCUUUUUGUCACUGACCCCUGAGGAAUGUUGCUCACUGAUAUAGGAUCACUUGAUUUUCCUACGUUGUCAAAAUUCCUAUUGUCUUUUUUCAUAAAAUAAAUUUGCUAUUUACUUUAUAUAAAGUUAAUAGUUGUAUUUUCUCAUCACAGUGUGUUGGAUGAAGCACUUUAUUCUUAUUCUUCCAGUCCUUUUUUAUGACAGCAUUUUUCAGGCUUUACUCAAAUUCAAAUGCUAAUUUGAAAAUGCUUAUCCAUACAUAUAUUUGCAGUUGCAUUUUCUGUCUGUGAAUUAUUCAAAUUCAAGUACAAAACAUAUAUUUAUAAUUGCAUUUACAUGAACAACAAUGCAUAGUGGGUGCCAAAAUGAAAAUGAAAGGUCCAUUUGAAAUUUAAAUUUCUAAACUGGUAUUAUUCUGCCAUAUUGAAGAAGCUACACCAGUCCAUACAUUUGCAGUUGCACUUUCUCAUCCUUAUGGUCCAACUCAGCCAAAAAUAAAACACAAAUGCAAUCCUGUUUGUGUUUGCAUAUUCAAUGCCAACAAGUUACAGCUGUCUGUCAGAUACUACGGAUGUGGCCUUUUGCUGUUUUGGAGGAAAUUACAAAAUCAGUUUAACCUCUUAAUACCUGUUGUGUUUUAUUUUUGGGGCAAGUAGGAGCAUGAGGAUGAGUGCAGUAGCAAAUGUAAGGAUUGCUGAAGCUUUCAAUGUGGCAGAAUUAUACUAGUUUAGACACUGAAAUGUCAGAUGGACUUUACAAUUGCAUAGUAAUUUUGGUAGCCAUUGUGCAUUGUUGUUCAUGAAAACAAAAUUGUAAAUAUGUUUUGCAACUGUAUCUGAAUUAUGUCCUAAAUAAUGCCCACAAACACAGGAAAUCCAUCUGUAAAUACAUGUUUGAAUGAACAUUUUAUGAGCAUUUGAAUUUGAAUAAAUCCUGAGGAUGCAGCCUUUGUUGUACCAUUUUCAAAAAUACUGUCUUUUGCCACCUGGUGGUGCAUUCUGCCAUGUCAUUGUCUUUGUCACUGACAUCAAGGGUUUUUUUGUUGUUGUUGCUUUGGAAUACAAUGCUAACAAGAACCUGUGAUUAUUGGCUUUGCUUGAGUAGAGUACCUGUUGAAUAUGCUACGGUGUUAUUACUAUGUUGAGAUUCAGUUCAGAUUCAGUGUUCACAUUUUGUCAUUUUGCUUAACGUGUAGAAUGUCCUCCUAACAAUUUUUCAAGAUAAAUAAAGUAGUAAUCUGUUCAGUAUUUUCUGUGAUGGCAGCUACUCAAACUGGCCCUAAGUAAAAUAUGAUGUCUAAAAUACAUACAAAGACACCGUUAUGAAUUAUUGGUUUAUUGAUUCCACAUGUUUGAUGGUCUUUUUGUCUUUGGCAAUUGUUUUAUAUCAGAUUAUGACUUUGCUGUUCCUCAUAGUGCACAGCACUAAUUUGUGGUAGCUUAUUCAUACCCAAACUACAUAGUACAGGUAAGAAUACAGUCACUUGUUAUUGGAUUUUGAAUGUUAUGAAAAGCAUUUUUGUUACUCAAAAUAUUUGUGUGCAGGGUAUUCAGAAAGCAGACAACCCCAUAGAAAGAGCUAUGGGAAACAAAGAUGUAAUUGAUUUUGUACUUCUGUAUAUUAAAGGGGUAUUUCUUUUGUUAUGAAACAAAAAUAUGUUUGUUUGUUUUUUUUAUGUGUAUAGCCCAAUCAACAAAAAAAGGAACAGUUUACUGGCCUUGUCUGCUUUGGGCUGUGAAAUGCUAUCUUUAAUAAACCUCAAAAACUA